AUGGGUCGUGAAUGUCUGGCCGAAACUUACCCGCUUUCAUUUCCAUGCAAAUUAUGUCCAAAUGGCUGCCGACCAACCUUGAAAAUCCCUAACAUGCCACACCUAAGCUAUUCUGGCGCCGUCCAGCUUAAGAGAGAACUACGUGAAACAAAUGCACAGGUGAUAACUCCUGAUGAUGAAAACUAUGCAGAGAGCAUCACUCGUUUCAGCGAGUCAUCCGAGAGGGAGGCUGGCGCGAUUGUCCGCGUCACUUCCACUAGUGAGGUGUCGAAAGUUAUCAAUUUCGCUACGAAACGCUAUAUCCCGGUCGUAGUUCAGGGAGGAGGUUUUAGUACAAGUGGAUCUUCUUCAACCUACGGCGGGAUCGUGAUCAGCCUGUCUAAAAUGUCUAAAGUUGUUGUUGAUCCAGCCUCUCGCACACUAGCUGCUCAAGCAGGGGCAACAUGGGCAGACGUUGAUAAUGUCGCUGCUAGCUCUGGAUUAGCUGUUGUUGGGUGCACUGUUAACCAUACAAGUGUCGGUGGGACAGCAUUAGGAGGUGGAUAUGGCUGGCUUACAGGAAGACACGGCCUGAUAAUAGAUAACCUUUUGAGCAUAAAAAUGGUAUUAGCUGAUGGUAGGAUCGUUAAUGCCUCCACCACAGAAAACACCGACCUCUUUUGGGCCGCUCGCGGUGCUGGGCAAAGCUUUGGCGCUGCCACAGAACUUGUGUUCAAAGCCCAUCGACAACCAAAUCUGGUUUUUGGAGGCUACUUAUAUUACACCACUGACAAACUACCUAAAAUUGUGGAAUUUGCGAAUCGUUUUGAGCAGUUAUCAACAGGAAAUGAGGGUCUAUUCUUCGGGUUCAACGCUCCAAUAAACAUGGAGGCCACCAUGAUUUUCGUGAGACCGUUUUAUAACGGCCCUCGUCUAGAAGCAGAAAAGUUUUUCCAGCCAAUACUAUCGUUGGGACCGAUUGUUAACGAAACCAGCAUGAUGCCUUACCCACAAAUCAACACAGUGAUGAACAGAGCGGCCGAGUUUGGAGGACGCAAGAGAUUUAGCGGAACAAAUAUUACUCUUCCACUUCAGGUUGAAUUCAUGGAAGAGCUGUAUAGGGACUUCGAUAAAAUUAUAAAAACCUAUCGCCGCGUUAAUGAGACCGUCGUUGUAUUUGAGUUGAUUCCCUAUACCGAAAUCAUCAAAGUACCGAGUGAUGCCACCGCGUUCGCGAAUCGCGGCAAGUACUAUAACGUUGGCUCCAUCUUUUGCUGGUAUACCCCUGAACUAGAUAAGAAGAUGGGAUCCUUGCAGAACGACAUGAUGCAUAAAAUCGGAGAACGUGCGGGUGCUUCGCUGGGUGAAAAAUUAGGUGAUGGAGUUGGCCUAUAUGCAAACUAUGCUGGUAUUUCUCCCACUUCAGUCGACUAAACUACUACUAAACAAGGCACUAGGGCAUGAAGCUAAUCCCAGAAAAUUGUUUGGUGAUAAUCUUCCAAGGCUGCAGGAUCUUAAAAGGAAGUACGAUCCGGAUAAUGUGUUUCGCAAGUGGCAUGACAUGUUUCGUUAGCGAUAAGAUGAUUCUGCCAUAUUAUGUUAUUUAUAUUUGGGAGUAUUUAU